GAAUUUUUAUAAUUUUAAAUUUUGGAAUUUUAGUGUCAGUUUUAAAUUUAAUUGUUCUCUUAAUUCUCUAUUACGAAAACAAUUUUUAAUAUUUUGUUUAUCAAAAUUCCGAUACGAUUCGCGCUCUUUAUGAUGAACCAAUCAAAUGACUUAUAACCAGUCUCUGAUUAAGGUCUCUAUUUAAAAAGUUUUGGAACGCACUAUUGUGAACAGGACAUAAAAGCUGCAUAUAAAUCGUCGAAUGCGCAUGUGCAUAUCAACACAUGUCCCGGCCAAUGGGCCCAGCCGCCAAAAAAUUGCAAAAUUUCAACAAUAUCAAUAUUGUUGUGACACUUGUCUUUUACGUUAAAAGAGAGUGAUGUGAUAUAACGAAGCCGGACAGAAGUCAUGGAAUUAGAUGAUAAAAGUUUUACCUCGUGUCAUACGUUGUCUAAUGAUUUUUUCUUUUAUGCGACCGUAUGUCACGUUUGCAAAAAAUUUGGCGACAAUGUUUCGUUAAAGAGAUGCAGCGGCUGCAGAAUGAUCGCCUACUGCGGUCGGGAGCAUCAAAAGCGGCACUGGACACUGCACAAACCCUUGUGCAACGCCAUACAGGAUGUGCUGCGAGAAUACAGCAUGGAGGGCCACGAUGUAACCUCGCAGGAGUGGAACAACGUAAAGUUGAAUUUUAUGCUGCUGGUGUCAAUCAAGUUGAAACGUGUUUUGGAGAGAUCCGAGAUUCAGUUACUCACAUUUCCAAGGGAAUGCGAAGUCUGCCACGAACGAAACGGCCGGUUGCUAGAGGAUUGUCAGGAUUGUCUCUCCGUCAGCUUCUGCAAAGAUCACAGAGACAGCAUUAAGCACAAGGAUUUCUGUUAUGCUCUGAAACUAUGUUUUCACUUGUCUCUAACUGAUGCAAGUGAAGACCAACCAGUGAAAUUGUCAUAUUUGCGACAUAUUUCUAAUAUAGAUACAUUUAGAGACAUGAAGGACUUUUUGAAAAUUUACUUGAACAUUAAGAAAAGAACUUUCUCAAACAUGCAAAAUGAUAUUUUAUUAGCCAGACACUCACACUAUUUUUCACCUUCCUUGACACUGUUUCAUGCCGUGAAAAUAUUAGACUUUGCCCCAAAGUACAGAACUUUAAUCAUUCAUGUUGUAGGUGCGAAUAACGUUGAAGAAUCUACUAUACCAGCAUGGGAAGUCCUACUGCAUUUAAUGCCUGCAAUAUCAUUGAUCACCAUUGUAAUGAUAGGACCUGAAUUAACUGUAGAUUCCAAUAAAUUUCAAUUAUCUAUGUGUGAUGAUUGUAUAGCACAAAAGAAGAAAAUUGAGUUUAGUCUUAACCAAUCAUUAUAUACGCACUAUGUACAGAGCCCAUUAUUUUUAAAGCCUGACUUGAUUGUAGGAUUUACCAUUGGUCUUCAUGAGUUUGAGUUUGAGUCCAAAAUGGAAACUUGGGCACCAUCUAUAAAAGUAUUAGCAAAACAAAAUUGUCCCUUUAUCUUAACUUGUUACAAGGGAGAAAUAGAAAAGGAGAUAGGCAGAUUAAAUGCUAUCCUAGAUAGAAAAGUGGAUUUUCUUUAUAGUGGGAACAAUCCAUUUGCUAGUUUAAGACCACAGAGAAACUUUGGGUCUGAAAUGGUAUUUUAUUGGAACUAUAAUCUAACUGUUUAUAGGAGUUUUUGCCUGUAAUUAAUACAAGCUUUUUUGAAAUCAUAAGAUUGAUCAAUAUCAUGAAAGUUACCACAUAUAAAAAAUUUAACCAAUUUGAUGGAAGCUGGUUUCUGUAUAAGAGCCCAGUGAACGAAAAUGAAUUGCGGUUUUUAUGUGAAUUUAUUUUUGUUUGCUAGAAAGUGUUUAUCAGGGUUCUUUAUCAAUUAAAUAUAUUGCUUCAUAGAAUAGUUUUAAAAAUAUAAAUUUCUUUUAAUUUCUAUUUUUUUAUACAAUUUUAUAUUUUAAAGAAACCAGUUUUAUGAUUACUUGAAAGUAAAGCACAAGAAAACUUUCUAAAAUUAUAGCAAGUUGCAACAAAUAAAACAGUCAAUUCAAGGAUGUCUGGUUAUAUGAAAUCUAAAAAUCGCAAGGACUAUUUUCUAUUUUUCUAUUAUAAUAGACUGAAAAUAUAGCAAAGGAUACGUGAAGUAAUAUAAAAUAUUAAUAAAUGGCUACUUUUCAUCAUUGUAAUGAAGACAAUACUUUUUAUUAAUUAUUUUUAAUAAAGCAUUUUCGAAAUAA